GGUGCGGAACCAUGCUGUAGGGAAACAUGGCUGCCCCCUGAGUGCCAGCCAACAACAAAGGCCAAAUCUGAUAGCCUAGGUCUACAAUUUUCGUGGAAAGUUUAAAGGGUCCACGACUGCUUCUUGGCAAUCUUGGACCUAAGGUUUUCUUUUUCAGUUCAGAGUUCAAAGUGUAUUCUCAAUAAAUAGUCAGGUUCGUACCCGCAAUUCCAGCAUCUUAUAUCACGAUGAGCAGUGGGGCAUACUGGGGGGAGAUCCCUGCUGUUGCUGACACUGAAUCUGGCAUAGCGGCUCUGGAGCGAGAGCAGAUCACCCGGCCCCGAGCUAUAGAUGUGGACGGACCACCGUUGCAUCAGCCGUCGAGCAGACAUCAUCCUCCUACUAAUGAAGUCCUUCCAAGUGAGCACUUCCAAAUGGAUCCACUGGUCACUCACUCGAUCCGACUGAUACAACACAUCAAGAAAGUGCAAGCUGCCAUCAGUGACUUACAGAACGACCUGAAGUCAGAUCCUGAUGCAACGGCCAAUAACGUUGGCCCUAUUCCAGUUUAUGAUGGCCCGCCCAUACCAGACCCCUCUAGAAAAAAAGUCUACACUGAUGAGAACUAUAACAGUGCAUUUGUACGUGGAGAGGGUAAACAGCCUUCUUCCAUUGAUGACAUCACAUGCAGGAAACAUCUCCGCCGCUCCACAGCUGCUAUCUGUGCUCACCUCUCAUUUGACACUUCUUCAGAGUCUGUUCUUGAAACACUGACAGACGUUUGCCACGAGUUCUUGUGCCAGAUAACGAGACACUUGGCAGCUGCGGCGGACAGAAGGGCUACUCACGGCUGUUUGGGCUUCCCUGAUAUCAUGGAGCGAGUCUUCCACGACAUGGGUCUGGGCAGUGUGACAGACCUGCACCAGUUCUACCAGCAGCGCGUGUUACAGUACCACCGGCGACUGACACAGCAGUGUGAGCAGCUGAUGGCACAGCACAGCGCACAGGUCAAACAGCCACCCACAGCGUCGAAAGGAGGACGCGGCUCUCCGACAGACGGUGACACGUUACAUGUGAUCAGGAUCAAGGAGGAGCCUAGCGCGGAGAUGCAGUUCCCUUUGCUGGAUGAAAAUGAUGAAGUGAAUGAGGCAGAGCAGCUGUUGAACAUUGAGAGUUUAGGCACUUUUGAGAUCACUGUAGAACAUGAAACUGCAUCUGGGCUGACUACUGAAGUGGAUACGAGAUGGACGUCUUCCCACGGAGGAAAGACCAGUGCAGCCGAUGCCAGACUCAAGUCAUCUGCCUCAGUGGAUGAAACUACGGAGGGAACAGCUUCUGUUGACGGAGCUGGGUCCACGUCAGCUAUCCCAGCAACCCCGCAGUCAGUGGUGCCUUCCACACCUGUGGAGAAUGUGGCCACCCCACACAGUUCUGCACCGACCCCACGUGACCCCAGCAGCCAAGAGGACGUUAACAUUCAGGAGCCAGGCUCCAUUUCUUCCAUGGAUAUCUUCUCCCCAUCCGUCUCAACAGCACCCAGCAAGCCCAAGAAAAAAAAAAAGAGCUGACAGGAAACAGGGAUUGAAAAAGAGGAUGUAAAGAUGUGUGAAAGAAUGACAUGUUUGUAUAGAUUCGAUUCCAUUAUCUGACUGUGUUAUAGAUCUAGUCAAUUGUAUUUUCUGUAAAUAUGUUUGUAGAUAAAGAACAUGCAGUCUGUGGUUGAAUGAAAGUGCACCGUGAACUCAUUUUCAAAUUUGCCGUUAUGAAGGUUGUUUGUAGCAUUGAUUUCAUAGUAUGUUCUUGAUUUGUUACAUCAGGUUUACAGCAAACUCAAACCCCACUUACUGCCUGUAGGAAUUAAGACACUUGCCUCUUAAUUGUUAGAUCUUGAGUUUUCCCUACUCAUAUCCCAUUGUUUUGUUCACAUAACUGCCACUUAGGAAUUUCAAAAGAGGAGGAAAUUCACGCGAAGGUGUACGCUCGCUCUCCGAAGACAGGGGUAAAACCAGUGAGAUCCAGAGGCAUGCUCUUGGAACGUCUAUGUUUUUGGAAGGGAAAAGUGUUAUACAGAUUUGUUAACCAUGUAUUUGAAAAAAAACAAGACACUAACAAGCAUUUGACCCAGUUUGGUGACAAAAAAUUCAGUGUUUGUUGCCAGCUAGUGUCUCAUAAAAAGAUUUACUCACCCACCUGUUCUUAUUGCGUCCCUCUCAUGCAUUCUAUCAUCUCUGUUCCUAGUCAAGAUUUGGCCCUAUGGUCCUCUUUUGCCUUUUUGGCUUGUGAGCACAAAGUCUCCACAAAAGCUCUCUUGCUCCCUGUUCUUUGCAGCUUGUAUAAACCCAGUUUUUGUCUUUCCUCCUCCUUUUCUUGAGCCACUUUGGCAAGCUGCUUCUUGAACAGAGUACAGGAUGCCUCCAUAUUUGCAACCAGAGCAUGGUCAACCUUAUCAUGCUGGUGGUCAUUCAUUUUGAAGUACUCUAUUGCUGACUUUUGGGCAGCCUUCAGAAUAUACCUAACAGACUGCAAGGCACUGCAUGAGUGGAAAUGUCCUUGGAGGUUGUUUUGUCAUUAAUGAUAUUGCCCUUAGAGCUGAAUGAGCUUUCUACUUGUAGCUCUUGAAAACAUGUCAGCAGAGACAGAGCCACUUUGCAUAGCUUGGAGUAUAUGUCUCAAUUCUGCUCUUCUCACAACCAUUUGUCAAGUCUGUCUCCAUCCUUAAACUCAGACAAAGCAUCCAUUUGAAAACUUCUGACUUCAAAGUCAUAAAGGUCCGAAUCAGCUCUGGAAUAGCAUUAUUUGUCACAAUGCUUGGUAGCCUACCUAGGUAUUUGAUUGAGUGGGAAGUCCCACUUGUCCUUGGGUCGAGGAAAGCACUACACUUUAAAACUUUAUUCCUGAGGGGCAUUUUUUAUAUUAACACUGUAGCCCAUAAACUGUACGCCUGUUGUAUCUGACUGAGAAAGACCCUGACACAAUGGGAAGUUUUUGGUUUUUCUUCUUCUUCUUGAUCGCAUCACACUUGAAGUCCGGUAUCUGUCAUAUAUUGGGCCGUCCUG